AGUAGACUGCGCAGUUUCUUUGCCUUCAAACAGUUCCCCAAGUCCAUCUCUCCGUUUCCCCACCUUUAAUAGGGUGACCUCUCAGCGCAGUGUGCCGUCUCGUGGAAGUAUUUGUGUCCUAGCUACUCUGGGUGUAAACUCUGCAGCAUCACUAUUCUUCAGUCGCAUCGUGGAUUGGUAGGCAGUGCAGUUAGGAAAGGGAGGGUUGGGAAGCAUCCAGUAGCACAAAGAUGGCGCUCACUACGUGCAAGAGCAUGAAGGAGACGCGGGGUCACAACACCAUUGACUCCAUGUUUGCUUCCAGAUAUGUCCAGUGCGAGCUUCCCAAGUUCACCAUUCCCGAGCGGGCAACACCCAAGGAUGCCGCGUACCAGAUCAUCAGCGACGAGCUCAUGUUGGAUGGCAACCCUCGCUUGAAUUUGGCGUCCUUCGUGACGACAUGGAUGGAGCCUGAGUGUGAUAAGCUCAUUAUGUCUGCGCUCAACAAGAACUACAUUGACAUGGACGAGUACCCAAUUACCACCGAGCUUCAGGACCGAUGCGUGAACAUGGUGGCUCGUUUGUUCAAUGCACCUAUUGAGGAAGGUGAACAAGCUAUCGGAGCUGGUACAGUGGGAUCCUCAGAAGCAAUCAUGCUUGCUGGUCUCGCAUUCAAGAGGAAAUGGCAGAACGAGCGGAAAGCAGCUGGAAAGCCUUGGGACAAGCCCAAUCUGGUCACGGGUGCCAAUGUUCAGGUCUGCUGGGAGAAGUUUGCAAGAUAUUUCGAAGUGGAGCUACGCGAGGUGAAGCUCAAAGAAGACUAUUACGUCAUGGAUCCCUACAAAGCAGUGGAGCUCGUUGACGAGAACACGAUUUGUGUGUGUGCUAUCCUCGGAUCCACAUACAAUGGCGAGUUCGAAGACGUGCAGCUGCUGAAUGAUCUGCUGGAGGAGAAGAACCGGGAGAAAGGGUUGCACGUUCCUAUUCACGUCGAUGCCGCAAGUGGAGGCUUCAUAGCUCCUUUCCUUUAUCCCGACAUUGUGUGGGACUUCCGACUCCCACUUGUGAAGAGUAUCAACGUGAGCGGGCACAAGUAUGGUCUAGUGUACGCUGGCAUUGGCUGGGUCGUGUGGAGGAGCAAGGAGGAUUUGCCCGAAGAGCUUGUGUUUCAUGUCAAUUAUCUCGGCGCAGACCAGCCUACAUUCACGUUGAAUUUCUCCAAAGGAGCGAGUCAAGUCAUCGCUCAGUACUAUCAGCUCAUCCGUCUGGGAUUCGAAGGAUACAAGAACAUUAUGGCGAACUGCGCCAUGAACGCCAAGAUACUUACAAAGGCGAUUGAGAGCACUGGUCGAUUCAAGAUCUUGUCGAAGGAAGUCGGCGUCCCCGUGGUGGCAUUCUCCCUUUUGGACAACUCCGAUCACAACGAGUAUGAGAUCUCACACCAGCUUCGCCACUACGGCUGGACCGUGCCGGCGUACACGAUGGCGGCCGACGCGCAACACGUCACGCUUCUCCGCGUCGUCGUGCGGGAAGAUUUUAGCAGAUCUUUGUCAGACCGUCUCUUGACCGACAUCAAGCGCGUGCUGGCCUACUUUGACGCCCGCCCUUCCAAGCUCAUCGAGGCUGUGACCGCGGCGGUCGUGGAAGAGAACAAAGAGCAGCACCUGGAGAUGCCAACAACGCCCGACGCAGUGAAAGCCACGCAAGCAUUCAACACCGUGAUCCUCGAACACGUUGCAUGCAAGAAGAAGCACAACGGCCACCACCACAGCCGCAGCAGAGGGGGCCAUGGCAAGAAACAUGCUUCCCCCAAGGCCAACGGCGUUUGUUAAACAAUUCUGCAAUCGUUUGUGCGCUGAGAAUCGAUGAUGGGAGCCUAUGGUGCAGAUAUUUUGCAACUCUAGCUUCCUUCUUUCGCUCAGGAGCUGUCAAUUAGCUUUGAACGAUCAAGUGCCGCGGAAGAGAGAAACCAAUAUACAUAUCAAUAAGUACUCAGAUAUUUGCACACAAUCAUAUUGCGAAGGGAAGCUCAUUGCAAAUCAAGCCCCUUUCUGACAUACUUCACAGUGUAGAGCAUUGUUUCCCAUGCGGCUGUAUUGAUGCACAUUUAGAAAAAUAUAGUUUGAGAUAUGCCCACUUUUUGUUCUCAUGUCACUUAUAAUUGCAGUUCUAGUUUACCCACGACAA